UAUUAAGACAGGUUGAUGUCAACUAUGGACUUUCCUCAGACCUUCUUCUUCUUCAUACACCGGUGGUGGAGUCCUCCUUCUUCUUCUCCGGCGCCGUCGGUUCUGCGGCUAUUAUGGACUUCCGUCAAAACCACGCCUCCGCCGGUUCACCAUCAUCGUCGACUUCAUCCACCUCCGCCCCAAACUCAAGCCGUAACGGCGGAAUCACCAUCAACAACAACAACAACCGCAAUCAAGAUGACAAUCCGAUGCAUUCAUGGUGGGAAUCCAUCUCCAGAGCUCGUAACACCAUCCACGCCCUCUCCAACAUCCUCUCUCCCUCCUCAUCCUCAUCUCUCAAUUCCCUCGCCGAUUCCGACCGCCCCGCUUUCUCCCUCCUCUCCUCUCCCGAUGCAUACGCUUCCAUCGCCGCUGCCCUAUCCUCCCCUCUCUCCGGCACCGGAGACGACUCUAUCUGCCAAUGGCUCUACGAUACCUACCAGUCAUCCGAUACAGAACUCCGCCUCGUCGUCCUCUCAUUCAUUCCACUUGUCGCCGGUAUCUAUCUCUCUCGCAUCCAUUCUUUCUCAUCUUCUUCAUCCAUCGUUCCAUCUCUAGCAGGAUUCGAAGCCGUCCUUCUCGUUCUCUACUCCGCCGAGACUAAAUCUCGCGCAGGCAAGCCAAUUCUCGUCACGAUCCCCGAUCUAUCUCAACCUUCACUCUACCACGCUCCUCGAAACAACAAAUCAGCUGCGUCCGUGCAAUCUCGUCCGUCUGUCGGCGUCCUAUCCGCCCCUCUCGAGCCGCAGAUCGCAGUGAAAUCGACUAAACGUGCUUGCAUAGUAGGGGUAGCCCUAGAUUGUUAUUACAAACAGAUCUCCCAGAUGCCGAGCUGGUCUAAACUGGAAUUCUGUCAAUUCGCUUCCGAUUGGGCUGGGCAGGACUGCCCUUGUAAGUCGGAGUUUGAUUCGGUUGAAGAUGAUGAAAUCUCAGAUGAAAUGAGAAAUUUACAGAUUACAGUGAAUGGGGAGAAUUCGGCUGCUGCUAAAAAGGAGACAAGGAUUCCGCUUCCUUGGGAACUACUGCAGCCGGUGUUGAGAAUUCUGGGUCAUUGUUUGUUGGCGCCUUUAAACGGGGAGCAGGUAAAGAAUGGUGCAGCAAUGGCAGUCCGGAGUUUAUAUGCUAGGGCUUCUCAUGAUUUGGUUCCUCAGGCUAUUUUAGCUACCAGAAGCCUAAUUCAAUUGGACAAGAGGGGCAGGGAGGUAGCCAAGGCGGCCGCCAUUGCUGCAAAUUCUACCGGUUCUAAUGCAAACACACCUAAAUCUAGGAAGCCCGAGAUUCUGCUGGUUUCAAAAUGAAGAAGACAUUAUUAUUGUAAGGUGUGUUUGUUAACUUUAGUUUCUUCUUUUUUUUUGCAUGUUGUAUGAAACAAAUUGAAAGAUUUCCAUGUUAAUUGAUUGAUUGAGUGAAAUUGAAGCCUAUAUUAUAUAUACAUACAGUUUGUGUUGUGUU